AUGAGCCACGCGCAGGCCAUCAAACACGCCGUCGAUCAGCAGCUCUCCUCGCGCGAUGGCUUCGAAUCGCACAUGUUCAGAGUAGGCUCCAUCGUCACCCAAUUAUAAUUCAUCAACUUUUUCCCGCAGAUUGGAGCCUACAACAGUGCGGUCGGCGACGGUCCGUUCGCCCUGCCGUACGACGAUUCGACCAUGGCUCUCCUGAUUCUCAGCACUCCCGACAUGUUCGACGUGGCUUUCCGCAAGUGGGUCGUUCAGAAGACUAUGGAGGUAAUGCUCACAGCCGAAUUGCAAAAACGUGCAUUUUCAGUUUGGCUCUUUCGAUCAGGCCGGCGAACUGGUUUCCUCGCCGAUUCAGAGCUUUUUGGAAGACCGACUCGAGGCGCUCAGUGAGAAAUUGCAAGAAGUCGAGGAGAACUUUGAAAUCCUCCACGACUACUCGAUGACUCCACAGCGUCGUCCGAAGAUUCUAAUGCAGACGUGCGGACACGUGGCAGGAGCCGCAUUUUACUAUCAGCCACGUCACUUUGAGGAACAAGGAGUCGCUUGGCCGCCUUCCGGACGCAUGGGACCGAAUUUGGUAAGGAAAACAGAGAGAAUUACACUUGAAACCGUUCAUUCUUAAAACAUUCACUAAAUCUAUGGGUUGUACUCGAUAGGGAGGUUCUUGCGACGGACCAUUCCGUCUCCCUGGAACCACUCGCGACGGAACUGCUUGGCGGCGCCGUCGGGGGUGUUGGUCCACUCGAUCGUGAUGCGGUCGUUGUUCGUGUCCUCCUGUCCGAAGGCGAACGCGUCGCACGAGACGGCGAGAAGCACAGCCUCCUUGGGGUCGAGCACUCCGCACGGCGGGUCCACUCCGAGACGCUUCAUGUUCGUCGUCUUGAUUCCGUAUCCGAUGCGGCGGGCCGACGAGUUGAUCACCUUGAUGUGGUAGGUGUGCUUGUCGUCGUACGGCGCGUUGAACACGAUCUUCGCGUUCGGCUGCGUGGCGAUGUCUCCUGGGGGGGCACGGAUUGGGCCAUGGCGAUUCGAUUCGGUUGAGAGAGUUGGGACUCUGUGAGGAUCCUCACACUUUCCCUCCUUUUAUAGCCAGUCCUUAUCAGAUGCUCUAGAUCUUUACUCCAGAAACCUGGCACCAACUGAAAGGUCCGGGGGAAAGGUCACGAAAGUGAUAGAAACUCGAAAGUUCAAACGUGAAACCUUGCAGAAGUUCAUCGGCCUCAGUCUCCAUCCGACCUUCGGCGGCCACUUCGCCUUCCGCUCCGUGCUCAUCUUCCCCAACGUCCAAAUACCCGAGUACCGCGAAUCGGUGCCCCGUCCGAUCCUCUCCGAUCCCACGGAAGUCCGCAACGCGCUCGAAAAGUUCAACUACAACUGGAAAGACUCAGGAUUCCGCGACUUUGGCAAUCCGACCCGCCGCUACUCGACCACUCAGAUGGAGUUUUUCGGACGGCCCGUCGCCGAGCGAUGGGAAGUUUUGCGGCCGUGGAUCGACGGCCGAGCCAAGGAUAUCGAUUGA